AUGUACAGACAGGGGAUGGGAGGGUCCUGGACCAGGCUCUUGGUGGUGUGUUUGAGUCUGCUGGGUUGCAGAGUUGCUGCAUCGAUCGAGGGAUGCGGCAAGUGGGAGAACCAGACAGCGUCAGGGGUGGCGCCGAAAGUCUACUAUCACAAGUCUACAUCGAUCAAUGGCAACGUUGCGCUUUUCGGGGGAUUCGGAAGGAUCCACCAUUCGUUCGCUUCCAAUCAACUUGACUCGGCGUCUGACACCAUUUACCUCUUCGGCGGUCUAGAUUCGAACGGGUCGGACUUGAACGAUUUAUGGAUUUUUACUAUCGAUACGAACUGGACGAAAGUGGAAUACAACAUGGCUUCGUGGCCCCCGGCGAGGAGUUUUCACAGCAUGUCCAUCUCGGAAGGAAAAGUGGCUCUAUUUGGUGGAAUCGAAGGUGGAGUCUCCGUUCUGGAUGACUUCUGGUUGUACAGUGUGGAUCAGUCCUUGUGGAUGUUGUUGACUCCAGUCGUCCGACCAAGUGCUAGAUACAACCACUUCAUGGCCCCGAUCUUUUCCUUCUUGUUCCUUUUCGCGGGUAGGACGGCUGAAAGCACGAUGGAUGAUGUUUGGGCAUAUAAAGAUCAUGAGUGGGAACUCAUGCAAGAUUCGCCAUCGAGCUCUUUGCUUGCCGACGGGAUAAGCAUGGCAGUGAUCAACCAGGCUACUCUCUUUGUUAACGGAGGAAAACUCUCCAACACCUUUAUUGAAGGCGUGUGGACAUACAACACAUGCAUCUGUCCAGCUGGUACGGAAAUCGGCAUUCAUGGUUGCCUACCCUGCAAUGCAGGGUUCAUCAAAAAUGCCACAGGAAAUCAGAGCUGUUCUCCAUGUCCGGCCAACACCUAUUCCUCGGUCUCGCGCACUACAUGUGAAACAUGCCCUCUACAUUCAGUGUCAGGGAACAGAUCGCAAGACAAAUGGAACUGCACUUGCAUCGAAGGAUAUGGGUAUGAAGGCGGGCAGGAGCUAGUCUGCAGCGAGUGUCCCAGGGGGUAUGUCAAGAAUAGUGUGGGCAACUAUGCUUGCUCUCCAUGUCCGGCCAACACCUAUUCCUCGGUCUCGCGCACUACAUGUGAAACAUGCCCUCUACAUUCAGUGUCAGGGAACAGAUCGCAAGACAAAUGGAACUGCACUUGCAUCGAAGGAUAUGGGUAUGAAGGCGGGCAGGAGCUAGUCUGCAGCGAGUGUCCCAGGGGGUAUGUCAAGAAUAGUGUGGGCAACUAUGCUUGCUCUCCAUGUCCGGCCAACACCUAUUCCUCGGUCUCGCGCACUACAUGUGAAACAUGCCCUCUACAUUCAGUGUCAGGGAACAGAUCGCAAGACAAAUGGAACUGCACUUGCAUCGAAGGAUAUGGGUAUGAAGGCGGGCAGGAGCUAGUCUGCAGCGAGUGUCCCAGGGGGUAUGUCAAGAAUAGUGUGGGCAACUAUGCUUGCUCUCCAUGUCCGGCCAACACCUAUUCCUCGGUCUCGCGCACUACAUGUGAAACAUGCCCUCUACAUUCAGUGUCAGGGAACAGAUCGCAAGACAAAUGGAACUGCACUUGCAUCGAAGGAUAUGGGUAUGAAGGCGGGCAGGAGCUAGUCUGCAGCGAGUGUCCCAGGGGGUAUGUCAAGAAUAGUGUGGGCAACUAUGCUUGCUCUCCAUGUCCGGCCAACACAUACACCGCUAACUCAACGAAGACUUGUACGCACUGUACGUCAAACUCAAGCUCUCCAGCUGGAUCGUGGAGCGUUUUGAACUGUACCUGCAAUCCAGGCUAUGUCCAUGAGCUUGUCAACAGCACUACGUGCUCAGCCUGUCCUGAAGGGAAAUACAGGAACGUGAGCGCCACCUCGUGCAUCACUUGCCCGCCGUCGACAUUUUCGGAUGUGAAAGGAGCAAGCUCUGUAGAAAUGUGCAAAUCUUGCCCGACACUUUACUAUUGGAAGUGGUUCCCCAUCGCAUCGGCACAUGUCAGUCUCUAUCCUCAAUUCGACUUGUCGGAGAGCUCCUUCCAACUGCUGCUACAACAAUGUGGUUGCAAUCCAGGCGAAGGAUUGAACCCGUCCCAGCUUCCCUAUUGCGUCGCAUGCGAAGCAGGAAAGUACAAGGACGUGUUUGGCCCAUACAACUGUACUUCUUGUCCCAACAACAUGAUCUCGCAGUCAGGAGCCGAUUCGAGGCUGAGCUGUGUCUGCGACAAGGGAUACUAUGGUGAGAACGGUCUGAACUGCUCCGCAUGUCCCAUGGGCAAGUACAAGUCAAAUUCUGGCUCGGCUCCAUGCAACUCUUGCCCUGUUUCCAAGUACUCAGACUCCCUCGCUGCCACCAACGUGCAGGCAUGUCUCAGUUGUCCGGAUCAUAGCUUCUCGAAAGAGGCAAGCACAAUCAUCUCAGACUGCAAGUGCAACGCACUACAGACUGCAUCCACAGUGUGCAAGUGCAAUGCGGGGUAUGAGCCCACGAAUCUUCAGGCAUCCGCUUUGGAGUGUGUUCUCUGUGCUGCAGGACGGUACAAGAUGGUCAUCGACAACGUCGGAUGUUCCGCGUGUAAACCUUGGUUCCUACCCAGGAACGCUUCCUAUGUGAGUCCAACCAUCCAUGACAAGCCCUGCCUCUGGGAAUGCCUUCCCGGCCAGUUCUAUCUCUUGAGCCACCUGCCCAACGUCUACAACGAGGAGCUAAAACGAUCCAACUACUCGAACUCGCUCCGGCCCAACACCUGCCUGCCUUGCUCGCCUGUCCCAAGCACAAACCCCUGCGGCAGCGGAGAAUUCUACAACUGCACCACCUACUCGCGGGACGGGUGA